AAAGAGCAGCAACGCAUGCACAAGGAAGGGGCGAGAACGCGCAAGAGCUCCAGGAGGUCAGCGGCAGACCCUUGCCGUCCCUGCUCUCCCACCUGCAACAGAAGCAGAGGGCUCAGAGGUCCACCCAGCAGCAGGCCCAGGCCCUCAAUAUCCACCGUCCCAAGCCUGGGCAGCCCCCCAGGUUGGCGUGGGGCUUGGCACUACAGGAUGGAUGCAUCCCCUGAGGCCCAGCAACAGGUUGGGGGCUUAGUGCUGGUCCGCCGGCAGCCACCCAAACCCCGAGGCCUGACAGAGACACUGAAGGCCAGGCUGCAAAGGAGCUGUAGGUGCAGUGUGCCACGGGCAUGGGCGCUGGUGCAGGACCUGAUCCCUGCCACUCGCUGGCUGCGGCAGUACCGCCCCCGGGAGUACCUGGCAGGUGACGUCAUGUCCGGGCUGGUCAUCGGCAUCAUCCUGGUGCCACAGGCCAUCGCCUACUCCCUGCUGGCCGGGCUGCAGCCCAUCUACAGCCUCUAUACGUCAUUCUUUGCCAACCUCAUCUACUUUCUUCUGGGUACCUCACACCAUGUGUCUGUGGGCAUCUUCAGCUUGCUGUGCCUCAUGGUGGGGCAGGUGGUGGACCGUGAGCUCCAGCUGGCUGGCUUUGACCCCUCCCGGGAUGGCUUGGGGCCUGGAGACAACAGCAGCACUGUGAAUAGCUCAGUGGCCAUGUUGGAGCCUGGGCUGCAGGACUGCGGGCGGGACUGCUACGCCAUCCGUGUGGCCACUGCCCUCACGCUGAUGACGGGGAUUUACCAGGUCCUCAUGGGCAUCCUCCGGCUGGGCUUCGUGUCUGCCUACCUCUCGCAGCCACUGCUGGACGGCUUUGCCAUGGGGGCCUCGGUGACUAUCCUGACCUCGCAGCUCAGGCACCUGCUGGGUGUGCGGGUGCCCCGGCACCAGGGCCCCGGCAUGGUGGUCCUCACAUGGCUGAGCCUGCUACGUGGCCUGGGGGAGGCCAACGUGUGUGAUGUAGUCACCAGUGCUGUGUGCCUGGUGGUGCUGCUGGCAGCCAAGGCGCUCUCAGACCGCUGCCGGCACCACAUGAAGGUGCCACUGCCCACAGAACUGCUGGUCAUUGUGGUGGCCACUCUUGUAUCCCACUUUGGGCAGCUCCACAAGCGCUUUGGCUCGAGCGUGGCUGGCCACAUCCCCACUGGCUUUGUGCCUCCACAGGCACCAGAUCUUGAGCUGAUGCAGCAUGUGGCACUGGACGCUGUGUCCUUGGCCCUGGUGGGCUCAGCCUUCUCCAUCUCGCUGGCCGAGAUGUUUGCCCGCAGCCACAGCUACUCUGUCCGUGCCAAUCAGGAGCUGCUGGCCGUGGGCUGCUGCAAUGUGCUGCCUGCCUUCUUCCACUGCUUUGUCACCAGUGCCGCCCUUUCUAAGAGUCUGGUGAAGACAGCCACUGGCUGCCGGACGCAGGUGUCCAGCGUGGUCAGUGCAGCUGUGGUACUGCUGGUGCUGCUGGCACUGGCGCCACUAUUCCAGGACCUGCAGCGGUGCGUGCUGGCGUGCGUCAUUGUGGCCAGCCUUCGGGGUGCCCUGCGCAAGGUCAGGGACCUCCCACAGCUGUGGCGGCUGAGCCCAGCUGAUGCACUGGUCUGGACAGCCACUGCAGCCACCUGUGUGCUGGUCAGCAUCGAGGCUGGGCUGCUGGCUGGGCUGCUCCUCUCGCUGCUCAGCCUGGUGGGGCGCACACAGCGCCCACAGGCCACCCUGCUUGCCCGCAUCGGGGACUCCGUCUUCUAUGAGGAUGCAGCAGAGUUCGAGGGCCUGCUGCCCCCUGCUGGCGUGAGGGUGUUCCGCUUCUCAGGACCACUCUGCUAUGCCAACAAAGCCUUCUUCCUGCGGUCACUCUACAGCCUCACGGGGCUGGAUGCUGGGCGCUCGGCUGCCAAGAGGAAGGGGCAGGGCUCGGAGCUGGAGGCAGGUGAGGGGGACCCCAUGGAGGGCAAAGACCCUGAGAGCAGUGGAACCAGGCUGGUGCCCGUGGUGGCUGGGUUCCACUCGGUGGUCAUUGACUGUGCUCCCCUGCUCUUCCUGGACAUGGCCGGCAUGGCCAUGCUGAAGGAUCUGCGCCGAGACUACAGGGCUCUGGGUGUCAGCCUGCUCCUGGCCUGCUGCAGCCCCUUGGUGAGAGAUGCCCUGCAGAGAGGAGGUUUCCUGGGGGAGGAUCAGGAAGCCGAGGAAGAGCAGCUGUUCCCCAGUGUGCACAGUGCUGUGGAGGCUGCGCAGGCCCGCUAUGGGGAGCUGGUGGCCGCCAACUCUGUCCUCUAGCAGGGCUGCGGCCUAGACCUCUGAGGGUCACCAUCACCAAGCUCCUGGGGUAACACCAGGGCCUAAGUCAUGCCAGGGAUGCACCCUGGCCCACCAGAACACAGGAGAACCUGGUGCCCAGUGACCUGGAACUCUGCCUCUGGGACCAGCCAUACCUUCCUGGUGCCAGUGCCCACACCGUGCCUUGACCUGAGCUUGGAAGAGCCAUGCCCUACUGGACACCACAUUGUCACCUUAUCAGAACAGAGUCCUGCAAGUGUGGAAACACCCUGUCCCACAGCCUGCCCAGUUCCUGCCCCACCAGGAAGGGCACGAGUGUCUGUGCCUCUAGAGGCCACCCACACCCAAGUGCUCCUCACACCUGGUGCUCAUCCCUGCAGGCCACAUCACGUGGCCAGCACAACCUCAUCCAGGGCUUGGCGUCCUGCACAGCUAGACCAGCAGCCACAUAGCGCACAUGGAGCCAGGGCAGUGGACAUCAGUCUGACCCUGGCCCUCCAAGGGGUCCUCUGGGAAGACCUCAGGGCUGCCCUCAGCACACCAGCCAGGAUGUCACCCAACCCCUGCGGGGCGCCUGAACAGGAAAGUGAGGGUCCCCCAGCCCUGCACUGGCCCCCACCGGCAGCUACACCCAGCAUCACCCACCUGGCU